UGCUUUAUCUUAGUACUGCGCAUCAUUAUCAGUGCUUUAUCUUAGUACUACGCAUCAUUAUCAGUGCUUUAUCUUAGUACUGUGUUAACAAACACUCAAUGUUGGUGCAGUAUUUUGCAUCAAUAUUACCAGGACAUCCAGGGACUCUUCACCUUGUCAGUGGUAGAGGCGGCUGACAGGGGAAUUAGCUGUCUAACUCAGGUUUGUCAGAACGGCUUCAAAUCAAUUUUUCAAACGAUAAGGCUACUGUUCUGAUCCCUAAAUAGUACGAGACUACUGUAACUGUUCUAAAUGAUGAGGUUACUGUUCUUGCCCCUAAACAAUAUGAGACUACUGUAACUGUUCUAAACGAUAAGGCUACUGUUCUGAUCCCUAAAUAAUAUGAGACUAUAACUGUUCUCGUCGAGAGAAAGAGAGAGAGAGAGAGAGAGAGAGAGAGAGAGAGAGAACUGCUCCUAAACGACAGGGCCAUGGAGUGGCAUGGGGGUGGUGAAUGGAGAGCUCAUUUAAUGUGCUCUGAUAUGAAUCUUCAUCCUGCUGACACGAGUCCCCGGUAGCAUGCCCAGUUUAAGUGCUUCAGAUCGGAAGAGCAUGUCUGGUGAUACACAGAAAGAGUGCAGUUCCGCCGUGUCGGACUCCCAUGAGGUCUCCGAGGACAAGCCGGACAGCCCGGCCGGAGGACCCGAAGCCCUGUCCAAACGGCAGAGGAAGCGGCAAGCCAAAGCGCAGCAGUGGGAGGAACAGCGAGAGCUCCGCAAGCAGAAGCGGAAGGAGCGGAAGCAGAAGAAACGAGAGGAGCGGCAGGGUGACGAAGGGGCGGAGUUUACAAACAGGAAGCGCCAACGCAGAGAGGUGGAGCCAAGCUCCCUCAGACUAGUGGUGGACUGCAGCUUCGACAGCCUCAUGGUGCUUAAGGACGUCAGGAAACUCCACAAGCAGAUUCAGAGGUGUUAUGCUGAGAACAGACGCGCGGCGCACCCCGUCCAGUUCUACCUGACCAGUCUCGGAGGACAGCUGAAGCAGAAUAUGGACGAGCGGGAUAGCGGCUGGGUCAACUGGAAGGACAUCAGUGUGAAGCUUGAGCACUUCCAGGAAGUGAUGCGUAAGGAAGACCUGGUCUACCUGACCUCGGACUCGUCCAACGUGCUCAAGGAGCUGGACGAGUCUAAAGCUUACGUCAUCGGAGGCCUCGUGGAUCACAACCAUCACAAGGGAAUCACAUUUGAGCGUGCUCAGGAGCUUGGAAUUGACCACGCUCAGCUCCCAUUGGGGGACUUUGUCAAGAUGAACAGUCGCAAAGUACUCGCUGUCAACCAUGUAUUUGAGAUCAUGCUGGCGUACCUGGAGAAGAGGGACUGGCGAGAGGCCUUCUUUACAGUCCUCCCCCAACGGAAGGGGGCGGUUCCUGUCGAAGGGGAGGAGCCAGACAGUGAUGAAGACUCACCCCCUAAGCACACAGACCAGGAUGAAGAGCAAGGCAGCUCUGAUGGACACUCCGAGUCAGCAGAACCAAUCAAGCAGGAGGGUGGAGACACCCAGGACCAAUCAGAUGGCAAACAGAAAAAGACGGACACCUCGGUCAGCCAAUCAGAAGACAAGCCUCAGGAACAGACUGCUGCCUAGACCAAAUGACUGUUCAUUUGUUGUUUUUCAGUUUAUUGGUGAAGAUGAAGCCUUUGAGGCUUGAUAAGUUUUUAAGUUGCCUGGUGUCUCACAGGGGAGCGUGGCGGUCCUGUAGUUUCAGCUCAUGCUCUUGUUUUUGGAUUGCAUUUAGGUCUUCAGGCUUACUUACUUACAUUAAGUAAAGAAACUUGUGGUGAACUAUGUUUUCAUUGACAUGUUUUUAUUUGAUUUCUCAUUAAAAAUAGACAUUUUCAAUUAA